AUGUUCCCCGAUGAGCUCAAGGGACUGACGCCGGUCGAAGAGAAGCUCAUCUCGCUGAACUCAUGUUACGGGAGCUGGCCACAAAGUGCUCCCGCACCCCUUUUGCAAGCACUGGACGAGAUCCACAUCUCGUGGCAGGGCGCGGAGAAGCCGGCACCGAGCGACCUGUCGAGUCUCUUGUCGGUGAGGCGGCGGGUGGUCGAGAGGGCCCUUGUCUGGCUGAAGCGGAACAACCCCCACUACGCCGAGAUCGAGAUCGACGCGGCGGAGAUGGAGAGCUGGGAGACUCGAUACACGGGGUACCGUCGUCGGUGUGCGAUCGUAUGGAGCGGAACGAGCCGUCUGGGUGGGAGAAAGCGCGGACGGCGCACGUUGUGCCGCCCACGGAACGCGCCGUGGACGAGGGGCCGGUGGAGAUCGAGGCUCUUCGCCCUGCUCAACCAAGGACAAGAAGCCGGCGGCCAGGGUGAAGGUCACGGGCCCAACGGAGAAGGCGCGGUUCGCGAUGGAAGUGACGCCUGCCCCGACCAGAACGUUCCAGCGAUCAACGAGGUGACGUCUUCUGGCAUGUUCGCGCUCGACGGACCGCCAGACGUCGCGGACGUGGAGAAGCUGCAGUUUGCCUGUGACGCUGUUGGUGAAGGUGCCGACGACGGCCGUGCGGGCCCGAGAGCGUGGGUCGGGUCCCUAGCCGGGGGGGUUCGGGGGCGUGGCGACGGUGGUUGUGAGCCAUACAUCCGGGUUUCGCGGGGGGGUGAGUUUACCGAUUCCUUUGAGGCGUCCUUCUUUGCCAGGACGUUCCCGACCCUGUUCCCAUUUGGCGUUGGGGGACCAAGGCUGGUUGAAGAGACCAUGGUCGACGCGGGGAAGGUCACGGCCAACUUGCGAGGCAGGGCUGUCGAGGCGUGGGCCGAGAUCGUGCUCCGGCGCCAUGGUGGUCGAUUUGCACUGCACCACAUCUUCGCAUUUUCGUCUUCAACAUGGGGUGCGGUCGAGGAACCGCCGGGUCAGCAUGUUGAGUGUGGGGAGGAAGAACUUCCGCAAGGUAGAGCGCAUCGUGCGUUCGAUGACCACAGAAAGGCUAGCGGCGGCGAGGGUCGAGUUGAGAGCUCGGGUAAGACGACCGAUGGUGACGUGAAGGAGCUCUCAGGAGCCUCUCGCUUUACGGCCACCGGCAGCCCAUGUCGAGAGGUCCGUCUCAAUAUGCGGCGGAAAAUCCAGUCGCUCAUCGUCGGAUAUGGCGUGCCGGCCAUCUGGUUCACCAUCAACCCGAACGACAUUACGAACCCGGUGAAGCUGCGACUGGCGGCAUACCGCACACGCGAUCCCGACGCGGCCGAGGAGUUCUUAGAAGGCCUUGGGGAUGCGUAUAAGCGGGCACGGCUGGCGAUAUCGGAUCCCAUGAGCUCGGCCGUGUUCUUCCACCGCGAGAUGAAGCUGUUCUUCGAUCAUUACGUGAAGGUCGGUGAAGAGUCGGCAGGAUCUGACCAGGAAAGUUUUUGCGCCGUGCAAGCGGAGCGAUCUGUGACGGGCGGUAUUGAUCCGGAGGACACACAGCAUGGUCAAUCGAUGGAACGAGGCUAUUGCUGUCGGGCCCGGCACAACCAUGAUAUUUCCUUCAUUGCGACGCAGCGCAAGACAAUGGCCCUCAUCUAUUAUGUCACGAACUACGCGACCAAGGUGGAGGACCCGGUGUGGAAGCGUGUGGCGGCCGCGGCCGAGCUCCUGGCCGCCUCAACAGGGAACAGGACGCGACAGUUCCUGAUGAGAGUGGCGAACCGCGUGUUCACGGAGCGUCCGCUAUCACAGGUCGAGGUCGUCGCUCACCUUCUCGGAUAUCCGGCCGAGUUCACCGACAGCAGCGCGUGGGCGUACCUGAACUGUUCUCUGCUGUACUGGGAAGUCUUUCGGCGAUGGCGGCAUCUCCGAGAAGCCAGUGGCGCUGCGGCUACGGAUGACACCUUGGAUGAGUCGGUCGUCGUCGAAGAAGAAGGCCUGAGAAUCUCCCACGUCGAGGCGUACCAGCACCGGGGAGAGCUGCUGAAAGGCCUAUGCCUGUAUGACUACAUAUCGAUCGUCAGACUGAAACGCAUCGGCAACGACGAGAGCUGGGCGGCUUGGGGGGAGAUGUCUUUCGAGGAUGGAUGGGCGCCGGGACGACGCUGGGUUCAGGUGCUCAGGCGGCCGGGCAAGCACGCUACCGUCUGCCUCGACGGCUACCUGAGCAAGGACUUCACCUACGAUGACGAGUCGUGCUACCGGAGGGCAGCCGUGCAGCAUCUUGCGCUGUUCGUGCCGGGAGUCCUUCCUGGGCGAAGGAACAGAAUAUCAUGUCUGGUCGACAACGUGCAGCUGCUUCGACGAUCCGCCGAAGACGCAAAACGCGACGCCAAGCAAUGGGCAGCCUCGUCCGGCGAUGGCGACCCGACGGUCGCACACGUCGAGGAGGGUGGAGCAGGCGAGGCGGGCGCGGAGUCUGCAGCGACAUAUCAGCCCAACAGCAUCGGAGACGCAACGCGGCUCAUCGACGUCGUCCGAGGUGCAGGGGUUAAGCAUGCCAGGGCGGGUAUUUUCCGGGGCCGCACUACCGCCGCAGGAUCAGGUCAAGGCUAUCAAGUCGCAGCAGCGAUCGCCGCGCAGCGUUGCGAAGGUGAUGACCGGUUUCGGGAGGACGAGGUCGAAAUGACGAUGGCCGACUCCGACGAGACCGCUAUCGACGCAGGGGCGGGAAUGGACGUUCAGUUUGGCCCAUCAACCUCCUUCCUCGCGGCGGGCAAGGUGUUGGCAACACGGCUGACGCUGAACAAGAGGCAGUCCAUCGCUUUUCUGAUAAUAUGCCGCCAGCUCGAUUUGAUGCAGCAGACCGACGGGGCGAUGCCUGCCAGCUGCGCCAGUUCGUCGGUGGCGAGGGCGGCGGAGCGGUUCAUCCACGGCCAGUCUCGAAUGGAUUGGCAGGAGAAGGAUGCUCGUCAUCGACGAGGUGAGCAUGCUCGGGCGCGGACGCUGCACGCCGUGAACGAGCGGCUUCGCCGGCUUCGCGGAUCGCGGCAAGAUUUCGGGGGGAUCCCCAUCGUCCUCUUCUGCGGAGAUUUUCAGCAGUUCCGGCCGGUCCAAGAGAGGUCGAUCGUCCUGCCUAGCGCGGCCAUCUCGUGGGACGUAGACAACUCGUUCAAGGCCGAGCAGCGUCACCAGCACGACAAAGCGCACGCACUGUGGAAGAGGUUCACGACGGUCGUCAUGCUGGACGAGCAGAUGCGCGCCGCCGGCGACCCGGAGCUGCAGAGGCUGCUGAAGCGGAUCCGUCUAGGCGUGCAGGAUCGGACGGAUCUAAACCUCCUCAACUCAAGGUGCUACCGGGGGAAGGCGGAUCCUUGGGAGACGGGCAUCACCGUGGUGACGCCGCUCAAUAGGAAUCGGUGGAACCUGAACAUGGAGGCGAGCCUGGCGUUCCGGUGGAAGGAGGAGCUGCCGACGGAGGAAGAGGCGAUCAUGAUACUCAACCAGGGCGACGAUAGCGCGAUCCCGGUGCCGGCCGUCUUCAUGUUCGUGGCCGGGAUGCCCAUCGUCGUGAACCACAACACCCACCAGGGGCUGAAGCUAGUGAACGGCGCGAGCUACUCGGCGGUGGAGGUCAUUGUCGACAAGGCGUACCCGGGGCAUCGGAUCUCGGCCGAUAUGACGAUCCACUUCGGCCGCCGGCGGGAUCAUUCUCGAAUCGGAGACGACGAGAUAUCUCCACUUCGUCGGGAUGCCGCCGGGCACGAUCUUGUUGACACCCAUGACCGUUAA